CCCGUUCUGACGCUGUGUUAGCAGAGAGAUGAGCUGCUCUGGGGUGGAGAACAGAUGGAACCGGUGGAACGUAAUCAGACAGAGCUGCCAUCACCAGCACAGAAGCACCCAACACGUUCGGAACAGACCGCCAGUACUUGCGCACAUGCCGUGUCGAGAAGGCGGUAAUAUUACCGAACGCUCUUGUGCGAAUAGCUGCCGUUAGAUGAAUCAAGUGUGAGAAACCGAAAAGUAUCCUAGGGAAAUUGUGAGGUGUUAUAAGAUAACCAAAGUAUUUUCCAGUAAUCCGAAUAGUAGUGUAUUCGAGAUUUAUUUUUUUGGAGAUCGAUGCCUUAUCAAUUUAGCCAGUGGAACGCGGUGCUCAAGAUUCAUCAAUAAGUGAACAAAGAGAAAGAAAUCAAUAUGAUGGACAGUUUAGAGUCAAAAAUAACUUUUGAAAUACCAAAUCAUCUGGAUUUUGACAAACUUUUUCGAGGAAGCAACAAUUAUUCACUAUUUUGGCCAAGUUUGCACUACCAACAGAACGCAGCAGCAAGUGCUGCUGGUUUGGGUUCCCUGAUGGGGUCGACAGGCGGCGAAGCAGUGUUUGCUGAUUACAAUUCAAGUGACUUCAACCUGUUGAAUAGUCUGCAAAGUUAUGCCAGUAGGAGCGGAUCAGCGAGGCUAGCGGACGGUAGCGAACAGCUGCUUGAUCCCACUUACGAGCGAUUUAUUGGGGAUGUUUGGGUGGGCAUUGUUCUCACGCUCAUGAUUCUAUCGUCGAUAUUUUGCAUGUGCUCCUGCUUCCUCUAUCACAAAUUCCGACAGUGGCAACGAAGCGUCAUGACUGCCCGGUCCCAAACGUUGUCCAACAUAGAGGUGGAGACACCACCGCUCUACGAUGUUGAGUCGCUGCCGAGUUACACGAUCGUAUCCGGUCUGCCUAGUUACAACGAUGCCAUAGAGCAGCUCAAACAAAAACAACAACAAAAAUACACUACCUAUGAACCGGUCAAAGUGAAUCGGCCGUCGGUGAUCAAACUUUUCGAGUCUCAGUCUCAGGAUCUAGUGCCUGGAGGGGAUAAGCAUGAGGAAAUUCGGUACAAUUUUCUCAACAGUCGCUCAACCAGUCUGUUAAUUAGUGCCGAGUGCUCGACUGCGGAAGCAACGCCAACUACGAGUAGCAGCUCGAACGAGAGGACUGCUGUGGUAGCUCCUAGUAGUAAACGUGUUAGUUUAAAUACUCGUGGAAACAACGAGGAGCGUCCUUCCACUUUGAAUAAGUUUAAUGUUUGUAGGUAUACGUUAGAGAACGAGCAAAGAAACGAAAUCAGCAGCUAAUUGUCGAAUGAAUAAUUUCAAUUGUGUAUGAACGAGAUCUUACAGGCAACUGUGACUGUGUUAUUAAUUGAUAAUUUAUUAAUCUGCCAAAUGACAUUGUACAUUAUUAGCUUAAAAGAAGUGUUCCUUGCAUUCGUAAAGUUGAAAUUCCCGGCGAAAAAUGUUCUCAAUAGUCAAUGUUCGGAGAACCUUUGAACGAGUUUGCUCGCACAACUAUUUUUGAAUUUAGGAUUUAAAAUA